CAUAGUGGAAUAUUAAUAAUUGGCGCCAAACAUUUCAAUCGAUGUUUUGUGCAACGUUGUGAGCAGUGUUGUAUAUUGUUAAAAAGUCACGCAUACAGGCACAUGUCAUUUUGGCGGUGCUCGCUUCUCAGUGCUUGGUUAUUUCAUUUCUAAGAUUGGCGUCGUCCGCUUCGUCGAUUGGAUUUCGCAAUUAUAAAUCUCCAUUCAAAGCUUAAUUGUUGGGCUAAAUAUAACGUAGACAAGCAGGGAAUAGAAAACAUUAAAAUGGAUGAAGAUAAUAGCGGCACUCCGCGUGUAACUCGUUCACGGACUCGCCGACUUUCCAUCCUGGAUACAGAGAUUCGUCCCUUGACUCCAGUUGUGGACACAACAAUCGAACGUGCAUCUCCGCGUCCAAUGCGUAGAACGCGCUUAAACUCAGCAACUGCCGAUUUAAGGACUCCGACACGUUGCACUCGUGCGUCAGUAGCUCGCGGAGAGACGCCGGAGCCAGCGAGCCCACCUCUGACCUUGUCAACUGCUAAACGGCCUAAGCGCACCCCGGCAAAAUCGGUGGUCAGAGAGUUGGAGUUGGCAGAAGAUGUAAUUGGAGAAGAAGUUAACGAAAAGGUGGGAUCGCAGACACAGCCUGAGCCAGACAAUGACAAAAUCAAGGUAAGCAACGAAGUGCUUAAAGCUGCUGAUGUUGCUGACUCCAGACGUGCGCCAACUGCUACUGAAGUGCUUAGAACACCAUCAGAUGAAAGGCGUGUGACGCGUUCCAUGUCGAAAACGCCGCCAAUGAAAAAUACUACUCAGAUGCAACCUGAUAUACAAAAUUCAUCAGAACAACAGAAACAACAAACAAAAGAAUCAUUGGAAAUAGAUGCUGAAAUUGUAGAUUCACCAAUCGAAACACUGCAACCGUUGGACUCUGAUAUAGGCACAACUGAAGAAGUAAUCAAUGCUGCUUCCGCGAUGGAGUCACCCAUGACUCCUACUCUGGCAACUGCUAAAGUUAAAGUUAAGCUCAAAGACAUCCUAAGUUGCAAGCAGGAUAAGCCAACGGUCAUUGAUGACCCAAAUUUAUCUAUUGUCAAAAAUAAAGACACUGACGCCAUAAAAACAAAACUUAUCGACGACGAAGUUGAGAUAAUUGAUGCUCCUGAAGGCACUGAUAGGCGCAAUUCCGUUGAUACUCUGCCAAAAGACCUAGACUCGGUUGAUGAUAAAUCGGGAGUUGGCGAUGCUGAAGUCACCGAAGACAUUCGUUUGCCUGAUCUAACGCCUGGCAUAAUGAAUCGGGUAGUGGGAUCAACGCAGGUGAGAGCUGUAGCCUUCAAUAGCUGUGAACCAGCUGAGAAUAUCAAACCCAAAUUUCCCAAAACACCAGCACGCACUAAAAUACCAGUGACGGAAAUUAUUACUGUUGCAGAGAAUAAGAGCGAAACGCCUUUAAGGUCCGGUACCUUAAAGGGACGCAACAGCUCAACGCCUUUAGCUAAGUUUGAGAUGUCAGAGAGUCAGACAGCUCCAUCCAAAGAGUUAAAUCAGCCACCUCUACAAAUUGAUAUGAUAAAACCUCUAUCGGAAUUGGAAGAUAAAGCUCCACUUGCUGAGAUAACUACAGAGAAGCCUAUUCUAUGCCUUGACAGCGAAGAUGAGAUUGAAGAUCAUGAAGAUAAAGAUGAUGAAAAUGAAGAAGAUGAUGAAAACGAGGAAAAUCGAAUUCAAGAUCAAUCUGUGUGCGAAUAUUUUGCCAGUGAAGUAGAGGUAGUUGAUAAUUAUCAAUCUGGCGACUCAAUGGACAGCUCUCUUCGCGAUGAGAUCGAGCAAAAUGAAGUUCCGCACGAUGGCGAAUCUGUUGGCAGUCAGGACACAACUGAUGAGCGUUCUGAAGAUAGUACCGAUGAAAAACUGUCGUUCGUUGUAUCGGACAAUGAAGAUGAUGAAAACAACAUUGAAUCUUUGUGUUUUUCGUCCGGUUCUGAUGAAGAAGCCGAUGUCUUGGAUGUACCAAAAAAACGACGUCGUAUUGUUGUUCAUGAAAGCAGCGAUGAUGAUGGUGACGAGCAAGACGGCGUUGAAGAAAAACGGGAUACCGCUAUAGAAGGAACAGAAAAGAAGCAAGAAAAAGUUGAAGAAAAGAAGGCAUCCGACAUCGAAGAAACUAAAAAUACACACGAAGAGUCAGUGCGUAUGGAUGAUAAAGAUGACAUCGACACAAUUGAGGAAGCAGCUGAUCAGCAGCCGACCGAAAAUAGGAGGAAUCGUUUGCAUUUGUCGGCAUGCCAGAAUUCCCAAUCAAAUGAAAAUAAGUGCGAUCGACUGAACAAAACAGAGCCGCCAACAAAGUCGAGGAUCCAUAAAGAAGAAGAGACAGUAGUUGAGGAAAUUGUUUCCAGUUCCAAUGAUGAGGAGGAACCAAAGGAUAAUCAAAAUACAACCAAGAGUAUUUACGAAGUGUUUGAUUCUGAUGAGGAAUCGUGUGAAAUAGAUGAAAAGAAUGUAGUGCUUAAAACGCCACCAGAGGUUAAGGAUGAGGAUGAGGAUGAGGAUCCGAAAACGUUGAACAAACUAUCAGUAUCUGAAUCAUAUGAGGAGGUUGAUUUAACUGAUUCAACCAUACAUACAAUACAGAAAUCACCAGUAAGCGAGGAGCCACCUAAACCUGUUGAAAGCAGCAAAUUCUCGACAUUCCAUGCAAGCCAGAAGCGAGAAGAAGAGGUCGUUCUUCUGUCUGAACUGAACUCCUGUGACUUAUCACACCUGCGCCAAAUGUUCAAUCCUCUCCAGAAAUCCCGUCGCCAAACGUUGUACGUAGGGGACCUACAGGCCAACACCCUUAAGGAGCCAAAACAUAAAUUAAAGCGUCGUAGCGAGCAAUUGGACAGCGAUGUCAAUCCAUCACAAUCGUUCAUCGAGACCCUGGCCGAGGAAAGCCGACAACGAACAAAGCGGAAGCGUCUGUCAAAGAGCUUUUGUGGCACUGUCGACGGCUUGGACACGAGCGUAUCAGCUAAUAUGCAGAGAGAAGCAAAUGAAGAAGCUAAUUUACCACAAAGUGACGUCGAAUUGGAUGAACCCGUCAAAGUUAUUAAGGAGGAGAAGGAGCCCGAAUCGCGAGAUCAGCCAAUGGAUCCGGAAAUAGAAGAACAUGUAGAAAAUAUCAAGGAUACUGUUAACGAAGUAGAUGAAAUUGUUGAAAAUAUUAAGGAUAAGGUGCCCACUCCUGCCACAAAGGAGAAAACUGUACAUCAAAAGAGUCGCGACGAGUAUCUGGAAUAUUGUGACAAGCUGAUUCUGGCGGCGAACCAGGCUAAGCUGGAGCAAAAGAAACAGCGCAUCGCAGCGGGCAGAAAGCAAAGAGAUCGUCCGGUGGCUAAGACAAUAUCCGCAGGAAACUCUGACAUGAUCGCUACGGUUGGAACAGGCCCGUCUAAGCCAGAAUCAGCUCGGCCAGUUAACAUGAAAAAGGAUUUGAAACGGCUGCAAGCCACCAGACAGGCAAUCAAACACGCAAUGCAUCUGCUUGUCCCAGACGUAGCGAGCAAUCAGCCCCAAUCGCUGGCACGGAAACUAAGUCCCCAACCGACGGAGAGCACCAAAUCCGCUAAGACCAAACAGCUAACCACAAAGAAGAAUCCGAAGCCCACAUUGGUUCACGUGUCGCCAGUUAAGAGCUCAGACGAAGAGAAUCACCAAUCGCCCAAGCUUAUAAAGACUAGCGCUGGUUACGUAACAGUCAGAGCAAACAAAGGGUCAAAGCGUAUAGAAACAUUCAAGACAUCAUCCAGCAUCGUUCAGGUCGAACCUUGCACCCCAACAUCAAAGUAUUUUAAAGAAAUUCUACGAUCACCCAAACCCCGCCACGGGUUCAAAGAGUUACCAACCACACAGAAAACUUCUGAAAAGAAGUCUUCAUCGUCAGCGUCGUCUGUUCGUAACCCAGCUACGGAGUCGGCAUUGCGCUUUAAGCGUGAAAUUUUUGGAAGACGCCCCAAAUAAAUAGCACUUAUUAUAUAUUAUAUAUAUUAGUUAUUCGUUAAUUGUAAACGCAGGUUCGCGGAAUCCGAUUUAUA